UCAGUUCGCUGGGAGAUGAGCGUUACUCACAAGAUAACAACAUGCGCUAGAACUCUCACACAAAGAAAUUACACGGUAACAUUAUGUGCACGACUUUGUCGUGUGUAUGACAAGAUGGCGUGCUUAAUGGAAGUGGACAAACCGUCCACCAGUAAUGGUACCGGUGUGGAGGUUGAGAAUGGUGACGAAUGUGAUGUCAUUGCUCCUGCUGGCACAGCUGGAAGUGUUUCUGUAUCUUUACAUCCGUUAGUUAUCAUGAAUAUUUCUGAACAUUGGACAAGAGUACGCGCGCAAGAAGGCAAACCAAUGCAAGUGCUAGGAGCUCUGAUUGGUCAACAGAAAGAUAGGAAUCUUGAAGUCAUGAAUUCUUUUGAAUUGGCAUAUGAUAAAGUUAAUGAUAUAGUCAUCAAUAUGGAAUAUUACAAGACCAAAGAAGAACAAUUCAAACAAGUAUUUAGUGAUAUGGAUUUCCUUGGUUGGUACACAACAGGAGGUCCUCCAACUCUUAGUGACAUUAAAGUACACAGACAGAUGUGUCGUAUUAAUGAAAGUCCAAUAUUUCUCAAGCUGAAUCCCUUAGCAGGACACACUGAUUUACCUGUUACUUUAUAUGAAUCCCUUAUAAACGGUCAGUCCACUUUACUGUUUGUAUCCCUUGAGUACACUCUUGCCACUGAAGAAGCUGAGAGAAUUGGUGUUGACCAUGUAGCAAGGGUUUCUACUUCAGAUUCAGGAGAAAGUUCAUCAGUAGCAGAACAUCUGAUUGCUCAACACAGUUCUAUUAAAAUGCUAGACAGCCGAGUGAAGCUAUUACUACAGUACAUUAAAGCUGUUCAAGCAGGUGAUUUAAAAAUGAACCAUGAUAUUCUCCGAGAAGCCUACAGCUUGUGUUAUCGACUGCCAGUCAUCAACACACCCAAAUUUCGAGAAGAUUUUUACACUCAAUGCAAUGAUGUUUGUCUCAUGUCCUACUUAGGAACUAUAACCAAAAGUUGUAAUACUAUUAAUCAGUUUGUGAAUAAAUUCAAUGUGCUAUAUGACCGUCAAGGUAUGGGACGCAGGAUGCGAGGACUCUUCUUUUAAAUAGUUAAUUUACUCAGCAGAAAAUGACACUAUUUCUGUGGUUGUGUGUUGCAGUGAAAGUUAGGAAAAGUUGGCAAUGAGAAUUAUAGAUGCUGCUACCACACCUAGUUGCAUCUAUUGAUUGCUUCUUCUCUACGUUACGUCACUUCUCUACCAUUCACAGCUUCUACAAUCUUCAUUUCUUUGUGUUGUGAAGGCUCAUGGUGAGAGAGAAACUGUUACUUGUGGACUUGCUUCAAGCACUGGAAGGCUGCUACUUUCCAGUUUACCCAUAAUCUACUCCUUUUGACAGUAAUAAGUUAACUACACAAACUGGUUCACUCACAUAAGUUCUUUCCAACCUUUAGACAUUAAUGCUCAGACAAAACUUACAUACAUACACAUACACUAAAAGCUUUCAGUUCUUUUUUUUUUUUUUAAUAAAAUAAUAACUUUCUUA